AUGUCAGACAGUCGGUGUAUUUUUACUGGCAAUCAAAAGGCGAAGUGUUGCAAUGUCUCAUCAUGGAUAAGAAGUAAAAUUAAAGAUGAAGGUGUACAAGCACGAAAUAUAAUCAAAUAUAGUGUACCUGUUGAUAAUCCUAGUCCUUCUAAACGUCAAACAAGAAAAUGUGAUUACAAUCUGUCUUCAUCUGAAAUCGCUCCAAAGGUAAUGGAUGAUGAUGAUGAUACAGUGAACGACAGAAUGACCUCGACAAGUAUUGUAUCUGCUUCACAUAAAGAAGGCGGAAGCCGUCGGUCAUCAUUUUCUUCCAUUAUCGACGUUCCAGAUAUCAUAAACAAGAGAAGUAGUCUGUAUACGAACAAAUUUCAUUCAGAACAUUCAAAAUCUGAUACACAUUCUGGCAGUUUAAUAUCAAACACCAACUCGAAAAGUGUUUGUCCACAAUCUCGUCAUUGUCGGCGGCUUACUUCAGCAACAACAACACCACCACCACCAACAACAACAGCCCUAUUUAGGAAACCUCUUACUGAAAGUGAAUAUAAAGCACGUUAUUGGGGUCAAAUGUUAGAUACCUUGAGGCGAACUAUAGAUGAGAUUUAUUCAGCGUGUGAAACUGACGAGAAUGAAGUGGAAUGCAAGGAAGUUAUCAUGAUCCUGGAACACAGUAAACAAGACUUUUUCUCAUUAAUUGAAAAGAUGAAUUUACUACGGGAUUAUGAACAAGCUGAUGAACAAAAUAAACCAAAUUCUCUUGCAUGGGAUGAACGUACUACUCUACCAGGAAAACCAAUAAUGUGUCAAGUUCUUGCCUCUACUGCAGCAUUUGCUUCAGUCAAAAAACAAUCUUAUCUAUCCAUUCCGCUAGUAUUCAGUAAUAAUAAUAGUAAUAAUAAAUCAGAUAGUAGUGUCAUAGAGAUUGUAGAUAGUGAUUCAAAUUCUGAAUUCGAUGCGAAUAGAUCUGGUAGCAAUUCGUGUAUAUCAGAUAGACGAUCUAAAGUGUUUAACGCAAAAAAGAAUCAUAAUACUACUAAUAGUAAUAAUAGUAACAAGAAUAAUAGCCCUAAUGAAGAAGAAGACGAAGAGGAAGAACCUAGUAGUCUUUCUCAACCUUCACUUAUACCUUCUCUUUCAAACGCAUAUGAAUCAUGUAAACGAAUAGGCUCAAAACGAAUUCAUUGUAAUCCUGAGUGCCAGAAUACUACUACCUCCUAUAAUAGUAGUAGAGAUAAAUUUAAAUUAUGUCCUACAAGUCUAGACAAUGAACCACCACGAUGUCAAGAUGGUGAUGGUGAUGGUGAUGAAGACGAGGUUGACGCGUCGUAUACUGGCUUGUCUAUGUGUAGAACUACUGAAGAUGAUGCUAUCGACAUAGAACAUGAUCACCACCAGGGUGAAGAUAUGACUAGAUACGCAUAUUUAGUGGAUGAUGACGAUGAUGAAGAGGAUAAUGAAUACGCUGAUCAAGAGGAUAAUACACUGUCACGUGAUUUGGAAAAGCUGGACAAGGCCAUUGAACAUGUCACUACUGCUGAACGUGUUCUGUCACAUCAGUUAGACAGAGCUCAGUUAGCCGAAGCUGCUCUUCGUAGACGACUAAUUGAAGAAGAAGAGGAGAAGGCGGCAUUUGUUGUCCAAUCAACUGGUUAUAAUCAAUCUUGGUAUCUCCAUAGACAUCGGCUUAAAAAUGGUGGUAAUAAUAAUAACAAUAGCAAUAACAAUAAUAAUAACAGUUUCAUCAAACUUACACAUAAUAAAAAUCAUCUCAAGUCAGGGGAUAUUCAUCGUCCAAGUGAUAAUACUACAGAUGAAUUUGGCAUUGAUACAGACGCGGAUGUAGUUGAUAUCGACAGCGUUACACUGGAUGAUGAUGAUGAGGAGGAGGAUGUUGACGAGUCAGAAAAACUGAUUGUUAAUAAUACUAACACAAAGGAUAAACAGAUUAAGGAGAAAGCACCUACAAGUGUUACAAAUCAACCCUUGAAUUCUACUACUACUACUACUACUACUAUUACUACUGACGAUGAUCCUAUUCAACCUGGAUCAAAUAUUGAUCUGAUUAAGAAGACGACUGAUAUCAAUGCUGAUACUGAGAAGAAACAGCAUUCCUGUUGUAAUUGCCAAUGUCAUAAUCAUAAUAACCGUGAUAUUUCCAACAAUGCGACUAGUGAAAAUAAGACUGUUGAACAAGUGCAAAAAAAAUCCACCUCUGAAAAUUGUUACAUUUCCAAGCCUAAUUCACAAUCACAGUAUUUCACGAACAACAAUGCAAUAAGCACCGCUCAUAAGUCAGAUAUCUCUUCAACUGAAAAAGAGUUAAAUCAAUCGGAAAUCAAUGGUGAUGAGUAUGCUUACCAAAAGAUUUAUCAAAGUGAAGGAUACAGCAGCGAACAAUCAAAUUUUGUUGAUUCACUACCAGAAAUGAAGCGUCAACACGACGUUUCUGAUGCAAAUAUACAACCAGAAAAUGAUACCUUUAUAAAAUGCCUAUUGGAGUUAAGAGAGUCAGGGAAAUCUGUCGACCGGAGAUCUCCACAUAUUCGUGGUUCAAAUGAUGAAUCAGUCUCUGUGUCAGCAUCAUCAGCUCAUUAUGCAUUACCAACUGUUGCUUCAGAUGGUAGCAUUUGUCAACAAGGUGUACUUUUGAUUCCAAAAACGGAGGUAAAGUCACGUACACCUGGUCAUGGCGUUCAUAUGCAUGAAAAACUUUCUGCUCGUUCAAAAAAGCGGACUGCGAAUUCUAUAGAGGAGAUUGAGGAAAAACAAGAUCGCGCUAGAGUAUUACGUCAGCGACAUCUUCUUGAAAGAACAGAACGUGUACACGAGCUAAGCAAAAAGGUGGAUGAAGUUCAUUUACAAAAACGACUCCUAUUACAUCAACGUCGUUCUUGCCUAGAAAGACGUUUACACGCUGCUGAACGGAAACGUCAAGCUGAAUUAACCCGUCGGGUACUUAAAGCGCAUGAUGAACAGACAAAAUUGAAAGAGAUUGCAUUUAUACAAACUCUUGAAGCAGAACAGAAACAGUAUAGCAUUUUAACUAAACAUGAAGAAAGUCGUGCACGCUUAAAUGAAUUGGCAAUUGAACGUCAAAAACGUACUGAAGAAAAACAGGGUAGAGAAGAAGCUGCUAAGGUUCGUCGAAGAGCUUUAGAAGCAUCACGUCGAGCUAGAAUGGAUGCUCUGCAAGCUAGAUGGGAAACUCGAGCUCAACAGUUAGCUUCACGUGCUGAAUUAAUGGAACAUUCGCGUAGAGCUGCUGCUCGGGCUAAAGAACAGUAUCGUGAAAUAAGAAUGGCUAAUUUAGAAGAACAACAACGUGUUCACAUUGAACAGUUACGUUCAAAAAUACAACGUAAACAAGCAGAAUCUGAACGACGUCAUCAAGAAUCCCUACGGGAGAUCAGUCGUAAAGCUUUUGAAAUGUCAGUUCUUACGCAUACUGGCGAUGAUUCACUCACUGUCCCAGGAAUUGAACCAUAUCCCAUACAAAAGUGGUGUAAAGCAUGUCAAGUUAUGAUUGUUUCUGAAGUGUCAUUGAAAAGUCACUUGCACGGAAAACGUCAUCAGAAUGCUAUCAUGGAAGCUGCACAAAAUCGUCCCGUUGGAAGAUCCGAGUUGGAAGCGUUCAACUUAUCUCAUCUUGUUGAUGCACCUACUGAAAUGUCGCAUCCUUACAAUGAUAUACAACAAGAACGGUUAAAAUUACGUAGAAAGCGUACUAGAAAAUUGAGACAAAAAAUGAAUCAAAGAGGUUUACUGUUUUUGAAAGAAAUUGAGCAGAUGAAAAUUCCUCUACCUGAUUCUCCAAAUAAACCUCAGUUAGUGAAAUUAAUCAAAGAUGCUCGACGUUUUCUUAAUCUGCCUGAUUCUGGUCCAUGGGUUAUUACACGUGUUCAAGCAAUGGAAAAAAGUUUGAAUGCAUUGUUACGAUAUCUUUGUAAUACUCAAUCAAAGGCAAAUCCAAAUUUCUCGAAUAAAAAUGAACAACGUGAACCGUCUAUGUCAGAUAAUUCAUCCGAUCGACAAGUUUGCAUUCUCAGUGGUUUAUUAUCUGUACUAACAAGUCUUAUUGGUUUAAUCAGAGAACAGAAACCAUCAUCAACUCAAUUGGUACCAGAAAAGACUUAUAAAAUUGCUUGUCGCCUGUUACAAGCAUUGUGCUAUUCAAAUACAGAUGGCUACAUUCGGAUGCUAUUGACCAAUGAUGUCUCAAUACUUGUUGAUUGUCUUGUUGUUCGAUUCUCGGUGUGUAUUCCAAGCAAUCGACAUUUUAACAGUUACAACAUCUCAUCAACACCAGAAGUGAAUACUGCUACUCCCACAGAUCAAUCAGAUCAUCAUGAUUCAUCAUAUUUUCAUUGUUAUUCUGGUAAUUCGUGUACACUGGAUUUAUUAAACUUUCUAACUAAUCUGCUGAAUGGGUUAUGUGAGUUAAAUUUAUCCUCCACCACCUCCUACUCAUCAUUGUCUAAUAUGGACAAUACAAGUAGUUCAACAACUAUACGAGAUUCUACUCUUACCACUCCGACUGCUUCUCCUGCUCCUGAUGAAACUAGAAGUACUACUCCAUCUACAACUACGCCUAAUAGCUCUGUGCAUAGUCUUUACAAUUCUUCAAGUAUUAUUCAUGAAUCUGGUAAACACUUCAAAGCUGACUGUCAACGAGUUCAAGAUUUCCUCAGUUACAUUGUAAGCAGUGGUCUAGUUGAUUUAUUGUCAACACGAUUAUCAAAUCCAAAACAAGCCAGUUGGUUAUUAGUGAAUAAUAAUAAUAAUAAUAAUAGCAGCAAUUCUGGACGUCCUGGAUCAGCUUCAAAUCAAUUUGUUGAACAUUGUCAACAUUUUGUCCUGAGUAGUAUUGCCUUUCUAACAAGUCUUACACGUCUGUUAACUAUAGUCUCAGGGGAACAAUUAAAGCAUAAUCAACAUCAUCCUUACAACAAUCAGACAGAUGGUUGUUAUCCUCUAAGUUUAGUCAGCUCAGAAUCAAUUGAUAGUGUUGUUCUACAGUCGUCAGUUGAAGAGAGUAACUCUCAGGCGAAGACUUCAUCAAGCGGCAAUAAUAAUAAUACAACUAGAAGAUGCCCUAGUUCUACCUCAUCGUGUGAUACAACUUCUGUGAACAAUUGUAAAAUAAUGUCAAAUAGUCAGUCGAACAAUCCUCAAUCAGUGAAUGAUCCAACAAAAUUACUAGAAACUGUUAAUACUACUGAAGUUUUUGGCUUGGUACCACUACUCUAUUGUCUUCUACUUGAUCCAAAUAGUCGACCAAUUGAUGCUGCUGGAUCAAUGACUAAUGAUACGCAUAAUUCUCUGCCACCAUCCUCAUCAUCAACAAAACAGUCUAAUAAAACGAAACAACUUCGGCAUAAUUCACAAAAAGAUGUUGAAUCUUUAGGCAGUACAAAGUUGACAUCAUUUGGUGUGAAUACUCCUCACGAAUCAUCAUCACCACCAUUUCGUAGUGAAGUGAUAGCAGAGAUUACAUUGAAUAUUUUAAAAUUAAUUAAUUCACUCUCAUCAUUACAUCAACAUACAAUGCAGUCUAUUCUCGGUGGUGAACUUAUUUGUCUUUUAAUGCGACAUAUAUUGGUCAAUCUGUUGACACGUUGUGUUUCUUCGCAAGUGAAUACAACAGCUAUUACUAAUAGUAGUACACCUUCUAUGAUUCUACCUCGUUCACCUAUAUCAAUUCCACUGCCGGCUCCACCACCUCCUCGUUCAGCAGCUCCUCAACAACAACCACAACACCAGAAGUCCAAAGAACCAUCAUCAUCCAAUCUGAAUCAUAAUUCGAAAUUGUCAACUAGAAAACUGAAAAAGGAAGAGAUGAAUCCACGUAUUGAUUCUAACAAAAAUGAUGAUGGAGAAGCGGAGGAUGACGACGAUUGUACAGCUGAUCUAUUGCCAAGUGGUGCUAGAAAAGUUGUUGUUAAAAAGAAUUUAAAAUUAAAAUCUGUAAAUGAUGAUGAUGAUGAUAAUAGAUCUCAAACUGUCACAUCAUCAUCGUCAGAGAAAUCAAAAUGGACUACAAAUUCGAACAGUUCAACGUUCAAUAGUGUAAUAGUUAAUAGUAACAAACAAUGCAAAGAAUAUACCAGUUAUAGUAUCACAGAGAAUAUUCUACACGAGGCUAUCCUAUGCAUAGGUUAUUUAUGUGCGCUGAAUAUAGAGAAUCAAACUAACCUACAGUGUGGUCCAUCACCGAAUCUACUACAGCAUCUUUUAUCUUUACCAUUUGAAUAUUUCAGUCAUCAUCCGUUAACUGAUAUUCUUUAUCCAACAUUGAUUGCUUGUUGUUAUCAACACGCACAGAAUACGAGUAUAUUGGAGACUGAGCUUAGUCCAACUAUUCUAGCCAAUUAUAUAGAAGAGAGUCUACUUGAGAAGAAAAUGGAUUCUUUGACAAAAGUGAACAACGGUAAAUCAAACAGUGGUCAAUGUUUAGAUAAAAGAUACAAUUUUGAACGACGAUUUUCUAUCCUAGAAUGGAAUUCGGCUAAAGCCUAUUUCACAAGAUGA